GAUGUCUUGGUUGAUAAAUGGCGCGCGCUCUACGAACGUUUUAAUGAUGAGCUGGUGAAAACAAGGAAGGGAGAAUCGAGCAAUUGGGAGUUUUAUCAGCGCAUGGUCUUUCUCUCACCAGAGGUUUUAUCUGCUUGUAGGUUCGACGAUCUGAAUGGAGGUACUCAACAACCAGUGGUCAUGUCAAGUGUUGCAAAGGCUGUUGAUGCGAAUAUUCGUAAAAUUUUAGGCUAUGUGCCCAAGUCAGUACAUGAGGAGAUGGACACCCCUCAAGUCAAAAGACCCAAAGUUGCUCCAAAGACGAGCACCCCAAAGCCUGCUGCUCAUUGGGACACUUCUUCUCACGUGCAACAGGUCGUAUCCACAUGGGUUCCACCUCGUGAAGAUUCUGUCGAAGCUGUGACACAACCGUUCUCGUCUGCUCCACCUACAGCUACGGCGCAAAUCACGGCCACCGCCGAAAUUGGUCAUAUUCUGAGAAGCGAAGUGGAUACGCUACGUCUAUCGUCUCCUCGUCCUUGCAUAAAUGGUUCCAAGUACGGAGAUUAUGUUUCUGAUCAUUCACUUCGAGUUCAUGAGGACAAGUGGACUUUGAUG